AUGUGGUUAUCUGAAGCUUUUUCAUCAUCAUCAUCAUCAUCAUCAUCAUCAUCAUCAUCAUCAUCAUCAUCAUCAUCAUCAUCAUCAUCAUCAUCAUCAUCAUCAUCAUCAUCAUCAUCAUCAUCAUCAUCAUCAUCAUCAUCAUCAUCAUCAUCAUCAUCAUCAUCAUCAUCAUCAUCAUCAUCAUCAUCAUCAUCAUCGUUAUGCCGCAUUAUUUCUUUUAUAAUUCCGAAUAGUGUCAAAGCGCCUAUACGCAUAGCUGUAUCUAAACAAAUUUAA